AUGGAAAACCCGGACUGGACUUCUCUCAGAUUACGGAAUGGAGUAAAACCCGGACUGGAUUUUUCCCACAGGCUGGAAAUGCUGAUGGGAAAGGCCUGGGCUGCAGGGAGCCACGGCCCAGCGCUCCCCAGAGCCGGCUCUGCUGCUCCUGGAGGCUCCCACCUGCCACGGCAGGACAUCCUCAGGGCCCCCCUGCUGCGCCCCUUGGAGCUGCUGAUCGUCCUGCUGCUCCUGCAGGUUACUGCUGCUGACAGUUUUUCUCAUGAAAUUGAAAAUUUCAGUUUAAGACAAGCCAUCAGAAGGAAGAAUAUUCAGGGGAUGGAUUCUUAUCAGUCAGACAGUCUGCAACCUCUGAAGCGAAGAAAAAGGGCCUGGAUUAUCACCACCAUUGAUGUUCAAGAGGAGGACAAAGGACCAUUCCCCAAAUAUGCUGGAAAGCUGUUCAAUAAUAGAUCAUUUAAUACAUCACUGAAGUAUUUGAUCAGUGGACCUGGGGUGGAUGAGGCUCCAGAGAUUGGACUGUUUUCCAUAAAAGAUGCUGCCAAUGGAGAAGUGUACGUCCAUCGCACCAUCGACAGGGAGAGGACCCCAAUUUUCCAGAUUCGUUUUGACGUUGAGAGCAGAAAAUCUGGUGAGCUGUUGGACAGCCCUCUGUUUUUCAGGAUAAAGGUUAAAGAUAUCAAUGACAAUGCACCUGAGUUUUCCAUGGAAGAAUAUGGCACUACAAUAAGAGAGAACCAUAGUAAAGAUAAGCCAGUUAUCCAAGUCACAGCCCAGGACAAAGAUGAAGAGGGCACUGUGAACUCACAGGUGUCCUAUUCUAUCAGUGUGCAAAUGCCCUCUCCAGAUGGACUCACAUUUAACAUCGAUCCGACCACAGGAUCAAUAUUUCUGUCAGGAUGCCUGGAUUAUAAGACUGCCAAGUCUUUCUAUCUUCUGAUUAAAGCCAGUGACCAUGGAAGUCCCCAGCUGUCAUCUACUGCAACAGUGACUGUUGCUGUUGAAGAUGCAAACAACCACCUCCCUGUAUUUACUAGUGAUAACUACCAUCUGCAGAUUUCAGCAGGAGAAGAACAUCCAGCUGUGCUACGGCUCCAAGUGGAAGACAGAGACUCUCCCAACACUCCAGCAUGGAGAGCAAAAUACAAAAUAACAGAGGGCAAUGAGAAGGAGCAGUUCAGCAUUGAGACGGAUCCAGGCACAAAUGAAGGCAUUUUGAGUGUUAUCAAGCCUCUCAGCUAUGAAGGUGACCAUGAGAUGACACUUGUAAUUUCUGUAGCAAAUGAAGAACCAUUCUUCUGGUGUAAAAAUGGCAUUGUCACAAUCUCUGAUUUGGAAUCUACAAACACAGCUGUGAACAUCAAGGUCUUACAAAGUGCUCCCAGGUUUCAUCCUCCUAUACUUGUAGUCCAAAAGGAAGAUUCAAUGAAGCCUGGGAGGGUAUUUCGAAAGUAUCCUGCCACAUAUCCAGAUGAUGUGCCACGUAAGAUAAAAUAUGAACUAGCCCAUGACCCAGAUGGCUGGCUGAGUGUGGAUGAGAACUCUGGUGUUCUUACUGUGGUAAAAGAAUUUGAUCAAGAAUCACCCUCCUUGAAUAACAGCCUGUACACCAUUAUUGUUCAUGCUACUGAUCAUGGCAAGCCACCACAGACUGGUACUGGCACCAUCCUGCUUUACUUGUCUGACAUUAACGAUCAUAUGCCAGCGUUGGUGGCUCCUGAUUUAGAUGUGUGUGACAAAAGAGAAGGGACACCUCUCGUUAUAGAAGCCAAGCCUGCUCUGGCCCAUUCACAUUCAGGGCCAUUUACAUUUGAGCUGGCUGAGGACUCUGAAGAUGUGAAGCUUAACUGGACAUUAGGAAGGAACUUUGGGCAGUCAGUUGAACUUCUGAUGCUAAGAAGCCUCUCACAAGGCAGCUACUUGGUGCCCAUCAUUAUUCAGGACAAGCAAGGAUUUUCCACAAGGCAGAACCAGCACAUCAGGCUCUGCUUUUGCCCAGAUGGACACACAUGUUCAUCAUAUUCACCAGUUCUACAAGCAGCAGUGGGACUUGGAAGUGGUGCCAUUGUGAUAAUACUGGUGGCUUUCUUAUUACUACUGGUCUCCAGCAUCGUGCUUUGCCACUGUUACAAGCCAGGGGCUAAAAUCAAGGCCAUUGCUCUACACCAGGAAGGUGAACAGACUUUAAUCAACUACAAUGAAGAGAGCAAAAGUUCUUUUUCUGAGAAUCGCUCUUUCACUGGUUACAAGACAUCCAGAACAAGACACCUGGAUUGCUUCAUGCAGGCUGUGGACAGAACACUGGCUCAGAAAGUGUACUACCAAAGCACACUGGAAGAUUAUGGGGACAUCUGUGAACCUUGCAGAUACACUGAGGAAGGAGAAGUUUUUGAAUUAGAGCCCAGCAACUCUCCCUGCUCCAUCUCCAUUGGCAGUGAGGACUUGCCUGAUGAUUUUUUGAACACUCUGGGACCAAUGUUUUCUGCUCUGGAAGAGAUCUGUCAGAAGUGA